AUGUACUUCACACCCCUCGCCAUCCUCUCCCUCAGCGCGCUCAGCUUUGCCGCACCUGUAGUCGUACCACGACAAGCUGGGCCCGUACUCAAGGACACAACAUACAAUGCCAUCUCCAUUUCUGGUGGGCAGGCUGGCAAUGCGAAAGCCGAAGCAGCAGCUCUCUUCUCCGGACUUGACCUUCAGAAUCCGGAAAAUAUCGAUCAGGCGGAUUUGACCUUUCUGAACGAGGUCAAUCAAGUUGCAAAUGAUGCCGAGACGGAGGCGUUUAACCCGGCGGUUGCGGCCGCGAGUGGGGAUCAGGCGACACAAAUUCAGAACGGCAAAAUCAAGAACAAAGUCCUCAAGCUCACAGCCACCGUACUCAAGCUGCAGGCUCAACAGGCACAGGGCCAAGAUGUAGCAGAGAAGCUUGCGGAAGAGACCAAGAAGCUGAAUACUAAUGUUGCGCUGGAUACGGCAGCAGCAGGUCAGGUUUCGAUUGCUGAGCCAUUUGAUGCCAAGAUUUCUGGAAGUGGGUGA